UCCGUUUGACUUUUCUUAGAAAAGCCCAAGACACCACCACAUGGAGAGAUAACAUUUCUCAGUGAAUAAUGCUUUCCUGUUCUGCACAGUUCACCCUCUCACUUCAGGAAUUAUCAUUGUUAUGAAAUAAAUGGCAGAACACUGAACAAUAUGGAAUUUUGUUGGCUGAGGAUACUGAUAGGAUUAUUCGUCCUGAGCAAAGAGCACGCUUUCGUCCCCGAGAGAAUCGUCCGCGCUUCUGGGGAGCAGGCCACGCUUCCCUGCGAGUCCGUGAGCCCCUGGACCCGUUGGUUUUGGCUCCCUCUGAGUUCCAGGUGUGCUGAAGUUCAAAGCGGUUACGUGGAAAUAACCUGGAGCCUUACUGGAAAUGAGGUGGCUCCUGUUCGGUUCAACCAGCGGCUGGCAAACCAGACAUCAGGAUCCCUGGUCCUCCGGAAUCUGGUCAUGAGCGAUUCAGGCACCUACGUCUGCCGUUCGCCCGACGGCUCAGAGACUCGAACCAUGCUGGACGUGACCGCAGGCUGCCACAACAACGUCUUUGUCUCCUUCUGGUGGCUCAACGCCUCCUCUUUGAUGCUCAGCUGCCGUCACUGCCGCUCGUCAGGCAACUUCAAGGCAAAGUCUUUUCGCUGGAUGCUGCACUCAAAACCGCUGGGCAACGGGCACUGGUUCGAGAAGACCAAUUAUGGGUCCCUUGUCCAAUUACUGUCCACCCGGCGGAGGGCUUGGGGGCGCUGGGAAUGCCACUCUCUUGCCAAUCACACUUGGGUCUCUGAAAUUUGCUUGGAGCCACCCGUCCAAGAGAAGGGCGCAGGUGAAUUUGAAAUACUCUGUGCGGUUGUCCAGCUUACAUCCAGCCUCUGCGUUAAAUCAGGGUCCCUUCCAACUCCACAAUUCUAUGAUUCUAUGACUGCCUACACUGGCUGGCCUUCUUGCUUCCAAGGAAGGCCAACAGGCAAUUUUGAGGUUAGGGUGAAAAGCGCCGUUUGUUCCUCAUUUCAAAACAACCUCCAACCCUUCCCUGAAGGUUCUGCUUCUGCUGAGCUGCCUCCCUAUUUGGUGUCAUUUCUCUCGCCAAGUCCUGCCGCUGCCGUGACUACGGACGCUGCGCCUGCAGAAGCCGGUGGAGUGAAGGGCACCGAAAUCUGGAUUUGGGCCUUGCUGUUCCUUGGUCUGGCUCUGGUCCUGGCUGCUCUUGGAACAGCCGUGUGGAUGUGGAAGAGGCAGAUGGCAGCCAGGAAGCAGAGAGGAAGGAAGGAGAGGACAGGCUGCGCUUCUGCGAUAAAUCCAGCCAGAGUGAACGAGGAACUUUACCAGAGGAAGAGUCUGGAUGAGGGACCUGCUUGCCUUCAUUAUGCACAACUGGAAUAUCCCCGAAGGAAAUCCACCUCUGCUUGCACUCAAGACAGCACCACGGUGUAUGCGGUCAUUGUCUGACGCCGUCACUUCCGACGCCCACACUUCUAACAUUGGCAGCCACAACUUCUACAUCUCCUCUGCACAGUUCCUUUUGCUGCUUCCUCUCAAAGCCUCCGGAAACAGUGAACAAGAGGUUCCCACACAUGACUUUUGCUCCUCAGAUUCCAUGUCCCUGAACGCCACCCCAGCCUCCUGCUUCCUUUAAACAGGCCUGCUUUUUGUCACUUUUUCUGCUUCCUGCCUCUCUCUCUCUGGCUGUGAGAGAGAGAAAAAGCACAACAACUUUGUUCGGAUUUUC